UCCAGCUCCUCCUAGAUGGAUGUUUGGAAUUGAACGGCGCAUGGGUACUUAUAAGGGAUAUGUGCGUAAUUAUGCUCGGCCUGAUGGAUCUAUUGCUGAAGCUUACGUGGUCGAUGAGGCUAUUACAUUCUUAUCUCGAUAUUUAACUGAUAUUGAAACAAGAUUUACACGCCCAGAGCGCAAUUGGGACCUCUCUAGUGAAGACUAUAAGAUGGACGUGUUUAACCACAAAAUACGAACACUUGGAGCUCCUAAAUUUGGAAAUCUAGGAUUAGAUGGGAAUGUGGUGCAAUGGUACCUUCUUAACAAUUGUGGAAGUGAGCUCGAUGAUUACAUAAAAGAGCAUAAGGAACUUAUUUGCUUGACAAGCUCACGUGCACAAGAAUGGGACAAUUUUCACAAACGUGAAUUUCCUGCUUGGUUCAAGAAAAAGGUAAAACCUAUAUAUUAAGUAUAUAAGUAUAAAUCAACUUUUUUUUUAAUUUUAACAAUUUAUAAUUUUAAUAUUCGGUUUUCAGAUGGCUAUACUUAGAGUAAAUGGUGAUCCGGUAGCUAGUGAUGAUUUGUAUUCCUUAUCGCAAUUACCGGAUGAUCGUUACACAAUUUGGCAAAGUUGUAUAGUCAAUGGUGUUAGAUUUCGAUGCAAAGAACGUGAUGACAAGUUCAAGACACAAUGUAGUGGAGUAUGCACUGGAGAUGAUAAUGGUGAUACCAUUUAUUAUGGUGUAUUACUUGAAAUUUUAGAACUUGAUUUCAUCCUUGGAAGGAAGGUUUUCAUGUUCCGUUGCAAGUGGUAUAAUACUGAUCCAAAGGGGAGAACAAUGGUGGUUAAUUAUAAACUGACAUCUGUUGACACAUCAUCCCAGUGGUACACCGAAGAUCCAUUUAUUUUGGCCACACAAGCUCGACAAGUGUUUUAUUUAGACGAUAAAGCUUUGGGCAAGAAUUGGAUGGUUGUACAAAAAGUAAAUCAUCGUUGCAUAUAUGAUAUACCAGAGCAUGAUGCUAAUGUGGAUGCUA